GAUAAAACAAGAGUCGAAAAUCAAUAUGUGUAGCACAAUGCAAUGCAAUAAUAAACAUUGUACGGGCUCGGAAUUAGUGAUUAGGAUAUCUAACUAAUGCACACCCUAAAUAUCACGUGGAACCUACCGUUACACAUCCGUUUAUGGAAAGCCUCAACAAGUUCUCUCUCUCGAACAAAGGAACUGUAGCAAACCCCCUCGCUAUACUCGUGCUCAAAAGAUAGCAAAGUACAAAGAAAUUGGAAUGCAGCGACGAAUCUCGUGCGUGUCCCACCGGUCGAGAGAAGACAAAGAGGAUAGGAGAAGUAAGGGAAGAGGGAGGGAAAGGAAAAAAGUUAAAAAGCCGACGAGAAGUUCUGCUUCUUUUCUUGAUCACAACAUAUAUACGGAGACUGUUGUUAUACUGCUAGACGAAGAUACGGCUGCAGCAGUAUCGCUAUUAAUAUAUUUAGUGCGACUUUUUUUUCCCUCGAUUUUUCAUUUUCGAGGAAGUCUUGUCACGUAUAUUUCUUGAGGCGAGAUUCACGAACACCGACACAUUUGUUGCAUUCGAAGAUUGAUUGACUGAUUUGAAAGAAAUCGUGAUUAAGGGCAACAAAGCAGAGUACAAGAAAAUAGGCAAACAUGGAACACGAAAGUGGUGCCGGGAAAUCUAUGCAGGUUAUCUUUUUGGGAGCCAGCGGAGGCCCUUUAGAAGAUGAUUGUACCUCAUUACUAGUACGUUCAGUAUCAUUGGGAUGGAGUAAAGGGUCCGUUCUUGCUGUAGAUGCCGGAGUUCACCUCUCGGCCAUCGACCGAAUGCUCCAAGACCACAAUCCCUCAACAACCGAACGACCAUAUUUGCUAAAAGAAGGGGCCUUUGCAGGCCUAGAACUUCCAUUCAAAACUACCGGGGCAAAUGCUGCUCACAUAGCACGCAAUCUGGUUGGGGCUCAUCUCAUCACUCAUCCGCAUCUUGAUCAUAUAUCCGGGGGGGUAAUAAGUACCGCCAGUCCCAGUUCUAAACCGAGAAAAAUUGCGGGAUUGGCAAGUACGAUUGAGGCUUUGAAAGAUCACAUCUUUAAUGAUGUUAUUUGGCCGAAUUUGUCAGAUGAGAAUGGUGGUGUGGGAUUGGUAACUUUCAUGAGGUUGAUUUCGGGGGGCUCGUCGGUAUUGGGAGAUGGGCCUACGAAAGGCUAUAUGGAAGUUGUAGAUGGACUGGCCGUUAAGUCUUGGGCUGUUAGUCAUGGGCCUUGCAUUGGAAGCUUCCCUUGUAUGUAUUCCCCAUUUUACUUUUUGAGAAUAUUGAAUGGCGGAUCGGAUGUUAGUUUUGUUGAACUACAUCAAUCAGGAAGCAACUACAUGAACGAAAGCGGCAGUCCUCGUACCCCAAUCCAAAAAUCCAGCAGCCACUCCCACCGCAGCCACUACUCCCCGAUCACCAUACCCCACGGUUCAUCAGAAGGUCUCAGUUUUUCCCCCGCCGAGGCUGCCCGCGCGUACACCAGUUCUGCCUGCUUCAUCCACGAUAUCACCUCUGGUAAUGAGAUUCUAGUUUGGGGAGACGUAGAACCCGAUUCACUUUCUCUCUUCCCACGCAAUAAACAAGUAUGGCAAGACGCCGCCCCCAAAAUCGCGGCUGGAAUCCUCAAGGGUAUCUUUAUCGAGUGUUCGUAUGACGACAGUAGACCGGAUGAUUUAUUAUUCGGACAUCUAACACCGCGCUACGUCGUUGAAGAAUUAAAGUUUCUCGCCACCGAAACGGAAAAAUGUCGCGAGGACCUGCGGAGACGUGGGAGCGAUCGUGCUUUGAGCAGUUCUUCUCCGACAGGUAAUUUGGAUAUGCUGAAGAAAUCGAUCACGACACGGGAGAAGGAUAAGAAAUCACACCCGCCUCUAGCUACUUCGGCUAAUUACAUUUCUUCACACCGGAGAGCCUUCGGUUCAGGUGUCUUGAAGGGGGUCAAGAUUAUACUUAUUCAUGUGAAGGAUAAGCUGGAUGAUAAAGAGGAUCCGAGGGUGAACAUAUCGAAGGAGUUACGGGAAUAUGAAGAGGAGCUUAACUUUGGGUGUGAGUUUGUGGUUAGCGAGAAGGGGAUGAGUGUUUUGCUAUAGUGCGCGCUUGGUUUUGGACUGUUGUUCUAGGGACUGAAUGAGGCUGGGCGUUUGAGGGCUGGACGGUUGCUUGCUUGCUUGCUUCAAGUAUGAAUUUUUUGUCUGGUGGGAAGGUAGUACCCUUGUUUAUCUUGGUCGGAGGCUGUUUAUGGAAGAAAAUUUCAUUGAAGGACGGUGGAUCGCUUAAAUUUCUUGCAAGUCUCAAGACAAGGUAUAU